AAAAAAAUGAAAUGCCUUCUACAAAAGAAAUAGAAGCAUGGAGUAUUUUGAAACAGGGGGUUUAUGUUUAGAUUUCAAACAAGAACCCACUGUUGAUGGAAUCGCCAACGGCCGUAUCUGCUGCUUCCUUCGCCGAUGGAUCUAAAGCGGAGAAGCAUCCCAAUCUGUUCUUUAGGCGCUUUGAAUACCCCCUAUUGUCAAAACGUCUCAGGAAGCCUGAUGAAGCCGCAGGAUGUCGUGAAUCGAAGGAAAGCGCCUAUUUUCCAAGAGAAUUUGUAUGGGACACGCCAGAAUCGACCAUCAUUCAUGCCGGCGAGAGUGAAGAUGAAUCUGCAAGCGACAGCACUGGUUUGGGCAUACCUUCUCCACCACCAUAUGACGAUAUGGAGUAUUAUAACCCUUCAGGGCCUUCACCUCCCCCUCCUGAUUCACCUCGGACUAUCCAGAAGAGAAUGGAAGAGCGGCGUAAGACUGCUGAAGAGACGCACGGGGGUUGUCAUGUGAAAGAGGGUGGUCACUUCCCGGAGAUACACUAUAGGGCUGCAAAAGAAGCUCUUGAAUGGUACAACUGCAAGAACAGGGCACAGUUCAAGCUUCUUCAGUUGGUGGAGGUGGAUAUUGCUGCAGUUUCUGGAAUCGUUUUCUUUAUCACCAUGAAGGCAGUGGAUGGUAAUGAUCCUGCUGCUUCUCCGGUCACUUUCUUGGCCGAAUAUUAUCACAAGAUAUUCAACCCAGACGAUGAGGUCCUGGACUGCAAGCCUAUAAGCUAAUCAACUGUGCUUCUAGCACAAGCACAGCCUUCUCCAUGGAAGCAUGGGUAAUGAUUUGUCAUAUGCUUUUUUGUCAUCCUUUGCCGUUUUAUAAUAUUCUUCUUCUUCUCCUAGAAGUGAGAUUUUUAUGUAGUAAUGAUGUGUGAUGAAUUGAUCAAUAGACUAUGAAAGAGUUAUUCGCAAUGCAGGGGAGUGAG